CAAGGACAGAUUUAUCCGGACCUGCAAAAUGAUUAUUCCCUCUCACCGUCAAAGGACAGAGAGGGAGGGGGAGGACCAAGCGAGUGGUGCAGCACUUAGGAGAAUUGAACAUCUCUAGACAUGGCACAACGUGAGCGCGUUACUGGAGCUGGCCCGUGCGCCGCAGACCGUACAAGAGCUGAAUGAUAACCAUGGCAACAGCAGCAGUAGCAGCAGCACCUCGAGCGGUGAUCCGUUCAUGAGCGUAUAAACGGUGAAAGAGCUCCAGUCAUACCGCGGCGCGUCGUUAAAUAACGCUUUCUUGGCUUGGACGGGAGUGGGAUUGUGAUCUUAAUGACAUAGGACCAAAGCGGGAGAAGGGGAUUUGAUCACAGGGUCGCACGGCGUCCUUGUGACAGGUGAUGGAAUAGGUGAUGUCUGAAGUACAGGGCACUGUGGAGUUUUCUGUGGAACUGCAUAAAUUUCACAAUGUGGAUCUCUUCCAGAGAGGGUUCUAUCAAGUGAGGGCGGGUCUCAAGGUGUCCCCACGUGUGCCACACAGGUUAAUUGCAACGAUACCUGGCUACACAGGCGAGUGUGGCUUCAGCAGUGCAGGGGUGCACGAUGGCGUGGUGUUCAGUCGGAUAUUUCAGAUCCUCUACAGGAAUGAGGAAGUCACACUGGAGGACCGCGUGACAUUCAGGGUCCACCUGCUGCUGGAUGGAGACCGGGUGGAGGAGGUGUUGAACGAGGUGAACUUCCAGCUCAGGAUUGACCUGCACUUCACCGAUGUGGAACAGCAACUGGCUGAUAUCUCCUCUGUGCCUGUGAUCAGCAGUAGGACGCUGGGUCUUCAUCUCCACCCACAGACAGGCCUCCAUCACCACCUUCCUGUCAUGUUUGACUACUUCCACCUGUCCGUCAUCUCCAUCACUGUUCAUGCCUCCCUAGUUGCUCUGCACCAGCCGCUGAUGAGUUUUGCACGCAGCACUAAAGGGGUGUGGCUGGGAAAGGGCUCUCCAGAGAGUGAGACUCCGCCCUCUGUGAUGUCUGUGGAGAACCUGAUGUUCGGGGCGGGAUACUGUCGACCCGUUCUCACCGAGGGCAGUUUUUACGUGCCUUCGGAGAACUGCCUGCAGAGAGCUCACACGUGGCACCGGAUUCUCUGUCGCCUCCUGCUGGCCGCAUACAAGGCACUGCGCUUCUAUUACAUGGCCCUGAUGAAUGACAUCCCACAACUUCAGCCUAUAGAAAUAGAGAACUUACCGAUUGAAGAGACACUGAACAAGCUCACCGGUGAAGUCCAGCUUCAGACUGCUCAUGAGAAGGUCGUGGAGCAGAUCUCCAGAGACCUGACCCAGCUGUGUGCCAAGCUGUCAGCACUUUGGGCUCAGUUUGUGGAGGCUGUGGUCCCCAACCCACACAUCUGCAGCUACCUGGCCCAGGAGCACCACCACCUCAGGGUCAGGAGAUUCUCGGAGGGCUACUUCUUCACUGAACAUCCCAAAGAGUCCUCGCUCACUUUCCAAGAGGAGCUUAUCAAUAGGCAUGCUCAGGUGGCUGUAGAGUUGAGGAGCUCAGACUAUCUGAGCCAAAUGCCCCCUCUGCCAAUCGAGUGCCUCGACAUUGAUGGUGACUGGAGCAGCCUUCCAAUCAUCUUUGAGGAUAGAUAUGUGGACACGCCCUGCUUAGAUGAUAAUUCACAUGUGCCAACCCAGCCUAUCUCAACCACCAAGCAAUUAACAGGUCCUGAUGAGACAGUGGACCAUACCAUUACACCAGCAGGGGGAAGUUCACACUGUUACUCACCAGCAAUAACCUUUGAGGAGCCUCCUGCUGAGGACUACAUGGACCUACCCACCUACAUGGCUCUCAUUGGUCAGGAGAGGGAAAUCAUCAUAGACAGAGAGGGGAAUAUGGCCGAACUGGAAAAUCUGAUUGGCAGAGUUGAUGGUUCUGUUAGUGUAGACAGUCCUGAAACUGAGUUUGGAUCUGUCGACGAAUCCGAGGGUGUGUCGAGGGAUGGACUUAAACAGGAAGCUAGUGGUCCUCCCAGGAACAUAGAAAGAACAGAAUCAGACUCAGAAUUACUAACAAGAGAAUCAGACAGAAUUAACUGUCAGACAGAAAAAUCUAUCCGUCAGCAGUGUACUACGGACAGGACAGGCACUCAGGCGGUAACUUACAGGAAAACCGACACUGAAAUGCAGACCGAUUCCUCAGAUGGGUUUCAGGUGUGUGAAAAAGCUGCAGUAUGCGUUCCAGAAGAAAGCUGCCUGUUGGAGCAUCCCUCCAGCACCAGUCUGGAGUGCAUGGAUGGAAGAGCCAAUGAAUUAAUCCCACACAGGGGAAAACCAGGGCUGCUCAUCCAAUCAAACGUUCCGGAUUUCAGUGACCAAUUUAAUACUGGUGGUCCAAAGAUCUCUCAUAUGGAUCAGCGUGACAGCCAUUCAGAAACCCAAGCCUGUUCAAACAGCCAUGCAGUACUGCAUGAUGUGCACACAGAAGCACCUUCUUUGAUGCAAGCAAAGGAUGAUGGGCACGUGGAAGCGAUUGUGAGUGCUUCAUCCAUCUCGCAUAACCCUCCAAACUAUCAAUCAGUCACUCUCCCACAAAGCAACAGCAAUCUGCUACCAGACCGCCCACCUUUUGAGACUCCUCCCAGAGGCGGGGUUCUGGGCAGGUCCAAGGUAAUGAAGCGCUCAUCCUCUGUGAUAUCCGAUUCUGGCAUUGAGAGCGAACCCAGCUCCGUGGCCUGGCCUCCGGAUGGGCGCAGCGGGGUCACGGGAGGUCGUGACCACCUGCAACAGCACCCGUGUCGCCGUCGAGCACCCCACCGGAGCUCCCUGGAGGGCCUUCAGACGGAGAGCCAUGGAAGUCUGCCCAGUGCCACACAGGCCUCGCUGACCUCCAUCAGCUCCCUGCCUUACGAAGAUGAGGAGGAAGAACGGGAGAGGCAACUCAACACGCUGACCAAAUCCGCCUCUGCGCCCCACAUCAGCAGCCCUGACAACAACGCUGAGGACCAGGACCCGGCCUAUAACCAGAGAUGGAACACUGAGAAGACCAGUGAGGGGAAGGUGGUCCCGGAAGCAGCCAUUCACACGAGACGGAAUCUGGGAGGGGACAGUGUUACAGAAGUGACAGAAGAGACAGAAGUGUUACUUUUUCAACAGUUUGCAACCGAAACAAAUGUUGAUGCAUUGUCAGACCAGCACGGCAAUGUGGAAGGCAGCAGAAAUAGUGGAAUGCGUGCAGAAGAUCCAGGUUUGCUCGGUGACAAUGCUGGACUAUGUGCCUGUGGAACCAAAUGCUGUGAACACAAGGGGCCUCUGAAGUUGAACACUGAUCCUGGUAGCCUCAAGUACCAUGAGAUUAGCCUCCAGCACCUCCAUUUGGACAAGCCCGAGGAUGGCGAUCCGUGGAAUGACACAGACAAAUUAACCAACGUAUAUGAAAAGAGCCAUAACGUCGCCAGUCUAAGUACCAAUGAGAAGGAGAGGUCCUGUGACCUCAGUGAGCUUUCAGCCAAUGAGAGCGAGCAAAGGGAGCUCGAGGGGCAGGGCAGAUUCAGUAAAAUGCCGAGUUCAGGCUUGGCAUUUGUGAAUAAGAAGGUUGUGGAGGUGGUGAAGCUGUCCGUGUCGUGUGCUCCGACCUGCCUGCCCUUCUCCUCUGUCCUCCGCGACUCACCUUCCCUCAGUGGAAUGGCAGCCUGUCAGGCCCCCUCCCCUAUUACCCAUCAGCCUGUGGGAUCCUUCGGAAUCAUCUCCUCAUCUUCCAGUUUCCUGCGUGGCGAGCAGGAAAUCAGUGAGAGGAUGUUGAAGUUUUUUGAAGCUAAGGAGGAUUUUCUGAGAGAGACACCCUUUAGAGCAACACUUUACAGCCAUCUUCCUCUCUUGGCAUCUGAUCACCCAUAUUUCCCUCCAGAGGAGGAAGAGGAGGAGUUUGAAGAUGGGAUCCACCUGGUAGUGUGUGUCCACGGUUUGGACGGUAACAGUGCUGACCUGCGUUUAGUGAAGACCUUCAUUGAACUUGGCCUGCCAGGGUCCAGGCUUGACUUCUUGAUGUCUGAACACAACCAGACAGACACAUUUGCAGAUUUUGACACCAUGACAGACCGCCUGCUGGAUGAGAUCAUUCAGCACAUUCAGCUCUACAACCUCACAGUGGGCAGAAUCAGCUUCAUCGGUCAUUCCCUGGGUAAUGUCAUCAUUCGCUCAGUGCUGACGAGACCGAGAUUCCGCUACUACCUGAACAGACUGCACACCUUUCUGUCUCUGUCUGGACCUCACCUGGGAAUGCUGUUUAACAGCAGCACACUGGUCAGCACAGGUUUGUGGCUGAUGCAGAAGUUGAAGAAGUCUGGCUCCCUGCUGCAGCUCACCUUCCGAGACCAUCAUGACCCUCGCCAGACCUUCCUCUAUACUCUCAGCCGUAAACCAGGUCUGCAGUAUUUUAAAAACGUGGUGUUGGUGGCGUCUCCUCAGGACCGCUACGUCCCCUUUCACUCUGCUCGGAUCGAAAUGUGCCGGACCGCCCUGAGAGACAGAACGACAGGUCCCGUGUACACAGAGAUGAUAAAUAACUUGCUGCAGCCAUUGCUGAACUCUCCGAACUGCCGUCUGAUCCGACAGAACGUGUUCCACGCUCUCCCGAACACGGCCAACACUCUGAUCGGCCGUGCUGCUCAUAUCGCCGUGCUGGACUCUGAGCUCUUCCUCGAGAAGUUUCUUCUCGUGGCAGGCCUCAACUACUUCAAAUAGCCAACCAGGCCGCCCUUCGCCAACGCAGGAAAUCAAAUGGAAAACUUCCAGGUUGCAGAUCGCAGCAGGUUGCAAAUGGCCAAUCAGAUCUCACCUCGGAGGCCACCCUCAGAUUAAACACGAGAGAUCGCAGUUCAGUAGCUGGGAAGCAGCAGUCAGACUACUCGUCAAGCCAAUGAAAUUAAGUGUAACAUGAUACAUCAGGACUCAUCUUCAUGGCCAACGAGACUGCACCACAAAAGUUACAUCGACUGUCAACUACUUAAAAGCAGCUAAUAAGCUCGUGUUGGCAGUAAAAGAACAUGCUAGUCAGUAAGUAUACACACACGUGUGUGUAUGUGUGUGUGUGUAUGCAUAGUAAUUAUAUAAUGAAAAGAACGUAGAGAUGAAUAUCAUAUCAGGAGGCUCAAAGUAGCCUUAUGUAACCACUGACAUGGUAUAACAGAGCUUUGAGAACUAGCUUAAAGAAUGUUCUGUUUUAAACUGGUGUUGUUUGCGUUCCAUAUCAAAUGUCUAAUGUACUAACAGAUAGAUGUGUCAAAUCCUCAAAAUAUAUUUAAGGUUAGAGCUGUUCCUCAUUGCUGUUCAUGGCUUGAAGUGGUUGUCAAAGCAGCUGGACUCAACACGUGAAGACUGAAUGGAAGAAAGACACACCUCACUAGCAGGAGUUUCCACACUUCUCCAUUUGUUUUGGGUUACGUUUGCUUACGCCAUCACUUAUGACCCGCGCUAUUACUUUAUGAUGAGUUUCUACACGUGAAUUAAAAAAGUAUUUUUGUAAAAUUAAUUUUUAAACUGUUUGUUUUAGCGAUUACAGUGAGUUAGGAAUGUGAUCGGGCAGGAAGCUAAACUGACAGUGUUAUUUGUACAGUGCUGUGAUGGGUGUUCUGUUAACAUACCGAUAUCUGUCAGUUUAUGUCCAUUUAGAAAUCAGAAAUUUGGUGAGAAAGAGUUGAAAUGAUAUUGCCUUAAUUUAUCCAAAAAGGCGUGUAUUUAUCAGCACUGUCUCCUGUCAUUGCCUGCCUAUCAACUGUUUAGUUUUAGUUGACACAGACUCUAAGCUCACACUGUUGCUACUACUGACAUUAUCAUACCAGCAGCGCCCAAUUUAAUGUGUCAAAUAUUUCAUGUAUUUAUUUUAUGAUGUGUGUGAGUUGUUUAAUCAUCAAAAUGUGAUUACUGACCGUGCUUUGUUCAAUAUCAUACCACAGUGGACAAUCA